UUUCCCCCUUCCUCUAAACCCUGAACUGGAACCAACCCACGCUCCACUUGAGGAAGAGAAAAAAUGGGGACGUCUGUCCAGGUGAUGCCAUUGUGUGGAGUAUACAGUGAAAACCCACUUUCAUACCUCGUUUCAGUUGAUGGCUUCAACUUCCUCAUCGAUUGCGGAUGGAACGACCACUUUGAUACAUCACUCCUUGAACCCCUUUCCAGGGUGGCUCCAUCUAUUGAUGCUAUUCUGCUGUCGCAUCCCGAUACACUUCAUUUGGGUGCUUUGCCAUAUGCCGUUAACAAACUUGGACUUUCAGCCCCUGUAUACUCUACAGAGCCUGUGUAUAGACUUGGGCUUCUUACGAUGUAUGAUCACUAUUUGGCAAGAAAGCAAGUGUCAGAGUUCGAUUUGUUUACGUUGGAUGACAUUGAUUCUGCUUUCCAGAAUGUGACUAGACUAACAUAUUCUCAGAAUCACCACCUUUCUGGCAAAGGAGAAGGAAUUGUUAUUGCUCCACAUGUUGCUGGACAUUCAUUGGGGGGCACCAUCUGGAAGAUAACAAAGGAUGGGGAAGAUGUUAUUUAUGCUGUUGACUUCAAUCAUCGCAAAGAGAUGCUUUUGAAUGGGACAUCUCUUCAAUCUUUUGUUCGACCAGCUGUUCUAAUAACAGAUGCCUAUAAUGCACUGAAUAAUCAGCCUCCCAGACGUCAAAGAGAUAAUGAAUUUUUUGAUGCCAUUCAAAAGACUCUUAGAGGAGAUGGGAAAGUGUUGCUUCCAGUUGAUACUGCUGGUCGUGCAUUGGAAGUAAUUUUGAUCUUGGAGCAGUAUUGGGCACAGCAUCAUUUGUCAUAUCCUAUAUUCUUUCUUACUUAUGUUGCAUCAAGCACAGUUGAUUAUGCCAAGAGCUUUCUUGAGUGGAUGAGUGAGUCAAUAGCUAAGUCGUUCGAGCAGAAUCGUGAUAAUGCUUUUCUUUUGAGGCAUGUUACCCUCAUAGUCAACAAGGGUGAACUAGAGAAACUUCCUGAUGGUCCAAAGAUUGUUCUAGCAUCCAUGGCUAGCUUAGAAGCGGGUUUCUCCCAUGACAUAUUUGUUGAAUGGGCUGCUGAUGUAAAGAAUCUCGUGCUCUUUACAGAAAGAGGCCAGUUUGGCACCUUAGCACGCAUGCUUCAGGCUGAUCCACCUCCUAAAGCUGUUAAAGUUACCAUGUCCAAGAGGGUUCCUUUGGUUGGUGAUGAAUUAGCAGCCUAUGAAGAAGAGCAAAGCAGAAUAAAGAAUGAAGAAGCCAUGAAAGCGAGUGUUGUGAAAGAAGAGGAAUUGAAGACAGCUUAUGGUCACGAUCAUACCAUGAAUGAUCCCAUGGUCAUUGAUGCUAAUAACACUCAUGUUUUGUCAGAAGCUACCAGGCAACAUACUGGAUACCGUAACAUAUUUAUUGAUGGAUUUGUUCCAUCAUCAUCUAGUGUUGCUCCAGUGUUCCCAUUCUAUGAUAACACCUCUGAGUGGGAUGAAUUUGGCGAAGUCAUCAAUCCUGAUGAAUAUAGAAUAAAAGAAGAGAAUAUGGAUGAGGGAUCCUUGCAGGUAAAUGCUGAUCUCAAUGGAAAGCUGGAUGAAGGCAUCGCUAGUUUGAUGUUGGAUAAUACACCUUCCAAAAUUGUAUCAAGUGAAUUGACGGUGCAACUCAAGUGUUCCUUGCUUUUUUCGGAUUUUGAGGGACGUUCUGAUGGCCGCUCAAUUAAAUCAAUCAUUUCCCACGUGGCUCCUCUAAAGCUGGUUUUGGUGCAUGGAUCAGCAGAGGCCACGGAACACUUGAAGCAACACUGUGUAAAACAUAUCUGUCCACAUGUAUACGCACCCCGGAUUGAUGAAGCAAUUGAUGUUACCUCAGACUUGUGUGCAUAUAAGGUGCAACUCUCGGAGAAGCUCAUGAGCAAUGUACUUCUUAAGAAGCUUGGAGAUCAUGAAAUAUCUUGGAUAGAUGCAGAAGUUGGGAAGACUGAGAAUGGCAUGCUGUCUUUACUUCCUCUUUCCACCCCUGCUCAGCCGCAUAAGUCUGUUAUGGUGGGUGAAUUAAAAAUGGCUGAUUUCAAGCAGUUUCUUGCUAGUAAGGGUGUACAGGUUGAAUUUGCGGGUGGGGCUUUAAGGUGUGGCAAUAAUGUGACAUUGCGCAAAGUUGGAGAUGCAACCCAAAAGGGCGGAGCAGGUGGUAUUCAGCAGAUUAUAAUUGAAGGGCCCUUGUCGGAGGAAUAUUACAAGAUAAGGGGGUAUCUUUAUUCACAGUUUCAUUCUCUUUAAGACGAUAACUGAUCAACAGUUUUUACUACACAUAGGUUGAUGAUCACUACUUGUUUUAAUGUAAUAGCUAGCUAGCUAGUUAGUUAGUUGCCUGUAGAACAAUUACAACUGCAGAUAUAAUCAUUUACCCCCACAGUUAUGGGUAGAUAAAAAAGGUUUUUGAUGAUGACAUUUUAUAUGAAUUCUCUAUGGCAUCUGUAAUAACUUUUUUUUUUUUUUUUUUUCACUUUAUAUGUGUAAGGUAACUUUUUAUAGUCCGGUUUGGACAAAUGGAUCUGGUUCUUAUUAAAAACAUAAUAUUGAAGUGGAACUU